CGAGCGGGGGGCGCCGGAGGGGCGGCUGGGCAGAGGCGGCUCGGGCGCCCGGCUGGACGGAGGGACGGGCAGAGAGACGGACGGGCGCCCUCCUUCCCCUCCUGCGGGGCGGGCCGGCUGAUGCCAUGGAGAGCAGCCUGGCGGCGCUGCAGCCCUUCCAGACAGCAACAAGGUGGCAGCAUCGCAAAACAAACUAAAGCAGAAUAAAUGCCCCAUUGACGCACACUUAUUGCGUCAAGCGCAUGUCACAGAAUACACUGCAGCGAAAUAUCUGGCUGGAGCGGCACUUUCCUUGGAGGCCAGCUUCUUCCUUAGGAUGCCACGUCCAGGAGCAGCUGGUCUAGGAUGGCCCCGGCAGAGGCCCCACUUGUCUCCCUCUUGCUGUUGGGGCUCCUAGCACUCCAGGCCCGCACCUGCCCUGCCACCUGCCGCUGCUACAGCAUGACUGUGGAGUGCGGUUCUUUGGGCCUCAAAGAGAUCCCAGGCAGCAUCCACCCCUCCACCCAGACAGUUUUUCUGCAGGACAAUGGCAUCACACAGAUUCACCAGCAAGAUCUGGCGUCUCUUUCGGGCCUGCAAUACCUCUACAUGCAGAACAACACCAUCUCGGCACUGGAGCCGGGUGCCUUCCGCAAUCAGAACCGGCUCCUGGAACUGGCACUCAACGGCAACCGUAUACACCUCAUCAACAGCAGCAUCUUUAAGGGACUGGAGCACCUGCGUGUCCUCUACCUGGCUGGCAACCAGAUCACCCAGCUGCCUGACUUCACCUUCUGUGACCUAGAGAGGUUGCAAGAGCUUCAUUUACAGGAGAACAGCAUAGAGACUCUAGAAGACCAGGCGCUGGGUGGAUUGACCUCGCUGGCGCUGCUUGACCUCAGCAAGAACAACCUGCGCACCAUCAGCCGGGUGGCCCUGCGGCCCCUUGUCAGUCUGCAGGUGCUGCGUCUGACUGAGAACCCUUGGCGAUGUGACUGCUCUCUGCACUGGCUGAGUACCUGGAUCAAGGAGGAUGGGCGGCGGCUCUUGAGUCCUUUGGACAAGAAGAUUGUGUGUUCGGAGCCCCCCCGCUUAGCCUACCAGAGCCUGAUGGACAUCUCCGGCAACAGCUUGAUCUGUAUCCCGCCAGUAGUGCAAGUGGAGCCUCUAGAGAUGACCGCACGGCUGGGGGAUGACCUGCGCGUCUCCUGCCAGGCCUCAGGCUACCCACAGCCACUGGUGACUUGGCGCAAGCUGGCGCAUUGGCGAGCAGGAGGCUCCAAGGCCAAGAGCGCCUGGCCGCCUGGUGGAACCUUUGAACUGAGCGAGCGCAGCGUGGGGGAGCGCUUUGAGCAGUCGGACACGGGCAGCGGGAUGCUCUUCCUCAACAAUGUGACAGUGGCCCAUGCCGGCAAGUAUGAGUGUGAGGCUUCCAACCCAGGUGGUACAGCCCGGGUGCUUUUUCACCUCAUGGUCAACCUCUCCCAGCAGCAGCAACAGCAGCAGACGUCGAGGGGCUACCCAGCUUCAGUGGACAUCAGCCAAGAGCCCCUCUAUGACAUGGAGAGCAUGGACUUCAAUGCCCUCAGCAUGGCCACCCAGACUGCCAUUGCCGUGGCCAUCUCGCUGUUGGCCUUGGUAGCCCUCCUCCUGGUGAUCAUGAUCUACCGGAAACACCGCAAGCGGAAAAAGGCCAAGAAAGAGGAGAACAUCCUGUAUGUCAACGACUACUCGGACGGGCCUACCACCUUUGCCCAGCUGGAGGAGUACCGGGAUGAGAGGGGCCACGAGAUGUUUGUCAUUGAUCGCAACAAGCCCCUCUUUGCCACCUACAAGGACCCCCAAGGUCUGUCUGGGGUCUUUCCUGAACAACUGCAAGAUCAAGCUACUCAGACCCUGGAAGGGGAAGAGGACUGCCCUCCAGAGGUCAAUGAGCUCUUUGUCAAUCAGGGACUGAUGUUCCAGCCUCAGAUUGCUUAUGAAAUCCACUGCUGAAGUGUUGGGGGAGAACCAUGAGCAAGGUGCCACAGAACCGUUGGGGUGGAUGUACUCCCUAAUGGAGCUGCUGUUGCCUUCUUGACCUUUCACCUCUGUCCCGGCCUUCCCAAUAGAUCUGCCUUCUCUGUGAUUUAAGGUGAUGGGAGAGGAGUCCAUGAUGCUUUGGUGACUGUUAAUAGUGCCCAUCAGGUGGAAGAAGAUUUGUUUAUAAUCCUGUCCCUGACUCGAAGAGGAAACUCACUCAAGAUGGCUACUAAGUGCAGGCAUAUCCCACCCUCUUGGCACCAUUCCUCAGAGGUAAGCACUUACUUGCUCCCUUUGGAGCACCCUAGGUGACCUCCGAAGAGAUCGGAGAGCAAUUCAGAAGGACCCUGCUAAAGUUCCUCUCUGGUGGCAGAAGGCAUUGUGGAGUACUGAAGUGAUGGAUCCCUUAAUACCCCUUAAUUCAUCCUGAUAACCCAUUGUUUUCCUUUCCACGUGCCCUGUGGCUGGACAGUAGAAACCUGCUACUCAGCGAGACAAAGGACAACCACUUCCUAGGCACACGUUGGGUCCAGUGGAGACCGGUGGCUCCCAUGUCAGUGGGCCGGUGAAUCCGCUCCAGGUUUUAGUCUGACCUUUUCAAGGAGUUGUCCAAGGUGCUGAAAGCACCAACCUCCACAGGGUAGGGCCCUGUCUGCCAAGAAAAGGCAGCUUGACAAAAGCUAAUGAAGACAGGAGGCUGAAAAGGAGGCUGGAAGAAUCGUACACUGUGCAAGCUUAGCCAACCCAUUUUUCCCUUCCCCUGACCUUCAAGUGACACUGUGGAGACACUAGGGGUUCCUUCGGAGGACGGGGAGAACUCGCUGGGUGAUGGACAAGUGGGGGGGAGUUUUGUUUUCCAAUUUGUUUGGUUUUUAAAUAAAAUAAUAAAAGAAUUAAAAAUAAUGUGACAAUCACAA